AUGGUAUCAAACCCUCUUUCCAAGGCUUCUCCCUCCAACGAGGAAUUGCAGCAAUUCUACGUCGGAAAAGACAUCGGCGACCCCAAACCAGCAGUCACAACAAAGAAGCUAGGCGUAGGUUUCCGAGCCCAUGUCAAGACUCACAAGACACCGCAAAUCGCCCGUCUCCAAGUCGGCACGGAAUCCAGCGAAGCAAACUUUGUCGUCUCAACGGUCCCCGAGCUGGAGACUCUCCUCCCGCUACUCCUGGAGCUCCAAGCGCAAAACCGCCGUGUCAACGUCCUCUACGGCAUCCCGCUCCUCGUCUAG